UAUGUUUCUAAGGGACGCGUUAAAGAGACGUACUUCUUGGCUGACUUCAACACUGACAACAACAAAGGGAACUAAAGAAAUUUGUCCUUUUAAUACGUAUCCGCCAGGAGUUCGUCAUGAAUGUGAAUCAGGGGACGGUGGGUAGCGACCCGGUCAUUCUGGCCACGGCUGGAUACGACCACACUGUACGCUUCUGGCAGGCCCACAGCGGGAUCUGCACCAGGACGGUCCAGCACCAGGACUCACAAGUAAAUUCCCUCGAGGUCACACCUGACAGAAGUAUGAUUGCAGCUGCAGGUUAUCAGCAUAUCCGCAUGUACGACUUGAACUCCAACAACCCCAACCCGGUCAUCAACUACGAUGGAGUUAGCAAGAACAUCACGUCUGUGGGCUUCCACGAAGAUGGACGCUGGAUGUACACAGGAGGAGAGGACUGCAUGGCUCGCAUAUGGGAUCUGAGGUCAAGAAAUCUGCAGUGUCAGAGGAUCUUCCAAGUAAACGCUCCGAUCAACUGCGUGUGCUUGCAUCCUAACCAGGCAGAGUUGAUAGUUGGAGACCAGAGUGGAGUGAUCCAUAUCUGGGAUCUGAAGACAGACCAUAAUGAGCAGCUGAUUCCAGAGCCGGAGGUCUCAAUCAAUUCAGUUCACAUCGACCCAGAUGCGAGUUACAUGGCAGCAGUCAACAGCUCGGGAAACUGUUAUGUGUGGAACCUCGCUGGAGGCAUCGGGGAUGAAGUGACUCAGCUCAUUCCCAAGACCAAGAUCCCUGCACACAAACGCUAUUCCCUCCGCUGCAAGUUCAGCCCCGAUUCCACGCUGCUGGCCACCUGCUCGGCAGACCAGACGUGUAAGAUCUGGAGGACGUCCAAUUUCUCACUGAUGACGGAGCUCAGCAUCAAGAGCAAUAAUCCGGGAGAAACAUCCAGAGGCUGGAUGUGGGACUGCGCUUUCUCCGGAGACUCGCAGUAUAUUGUUACAGCCUCCUCAGACAACCUGGCUCGCCUGUGGUGCGUGGAAACUGGUGAGAUCAAAAGGGAAUACAGCGGCCACCAGAAGGCCGUGGUGUGUCUGGCCUUUAAUGACAGCGUGCUCGGCUGAGAAGGAGGAGGAGGAGGAAGCAGAAGGAAGAGAUAAAAGGUUGUCAGACAGGAACUAAAGACUCUUAUGAGGAUGCCACUCAUGUCGCGUAUGUCAGCGCCAGUACAACAAUCGACUCGGGGAAGCGUGCACAGUGGCCAUCUCUGGCAUAUAUGCAGAGCGACACAGCCAAAAUAAAAAUCUGUAAAGCUAAAA